UUUACUUAAAGAUUUGUUUGAAAGGUAGAGUUGAAGAGAGAGAGAGAGAAAGACAGACACAUGAGCGCUUCCAUUUGCUGCUUUUUUCACCAAGUGGCCAUCAUGACCCACUAGGACAGGGCCACAUCUGGGGCCCAGUACCAGAUCCACCUUCCUGUGUUUCUCUGGGCACAUGAGCAGGGAGCAGCUGGGACUCGAACCUGUGGCAGUGGCAUAACCCACUGUGUCACAAUGCUGACCCUACUACAUAAUCUGUAAACAUUGUUUGUUUGGACUUUUAUUUAGUUUAUAUUUACCUGUGUUUGAAAUGUUUCCGGAAGUUAGGCCUCUGGUUGUCUAAAAAGACCGUGAAGGAUAAAGCAGUCGACAAAAUGUGUAAUUGAGUAAGCAAAUAGCACUGUCAUCUAGAAAGGCUAGGUUGUCUCUGGGAAAGCCAGAUGGCCCUGGAGUGUGUCAGAAGAUUGCCCACUGAGCAUCUGAUGGGGGACAUUUUGAUUUGAAAACAACUUUUCAAUGAGCAAAAUGAAUUCUGAAACAGUACCAAUAUUCUGUGCUAGAUUACCAUAGUGGAGAUGACUGAAGUAAACGUCAGAUUUUAAAAAUAUAUACUUUUUUGUUUGAAACAGAGAUCUUCGUCUGGAGGUUCACGCCCCAAAUGGCUGCAACUGUUAGGGCGGAGACCAGCUGAAGCCUGUGGCUUCUUUCAGGUCUCCAGCCUGAGUAUGAGGGUCCAAGUGAUUUUCCCAGGUGUAGUAGCAGGGAGCUGACUUAAAAGUGCUGCAGCCAGGGCUUGAACUGUGUACCCGUAUGGGAUGCUGGUGUCACAGGCAGUAGCAGUACCUGCCUCACUGUAACAACAGCUCCAUAAAGUCCAAUUUUAAGUCAUAAUUUGUUUUGACUUUGUUAGACUCUAUGUAACAUUUAGGAUUACAGUGGUAAUACUUAGUUAUUUUAAAAGAAGUAUUUAUUUGAAAGAAUUACAAAGAAAGAUCUUCCAUCCUACAGCUCAUUCCUCAGAUAGUCACGACAGAUGGAAUAGGAGCUUUAGCCAGGCUUCCUAAAGGUUACAGGGGCCUAAGCACUUGGAUUGUCUUCCACUGCUUUCUCUUGGUUAUUAAUAAGGAGCUGGAGAGGUGAGUGGAACAGCUGGGACACCUGCUGAUGCUAGUGUCAUAGGUGGCUGUUUCACCUCCUGUGCCACAGCGCUGGCCCUGAUGGUCCUUAAUUUAGAGAAUCUGAAGGGUAGGCAUAAUUUUAGAGAAAGGAGAUAGGCUAUCACACUGGGUUGGGGAAUUGAGCAUUGGUUUCUAUCACAGGUAUCUCCAGAUUAAGUAUUGUUUACUUUGAAUACUUUCUCUUUUUUAAGAAGACUGUAAAAUUCUUGUUAGUGUAAUUAUGAUUUAUGGGAUUCUGUAGAGACUUACAAGAAAGAAUUUAAUAGUCACUCUUCUGUUAUCCUUUUAAAUAUCUUUGCUUUAAAAAAUAACUUAGAAAAUCAGGAUACCUUGUUUUAAUAGAAUCUCUUUUCAUUUUAGAUGGAAAUCAUAUGAGAUAGAAUACUUUGGUGACAUUUACUUGAAAGAUCUUCAAGAAUUACAGAAAACAAAAAACACUAAUGCAUUUGAGAAAGCGGUAAAAUUUUGGGGGAGGGGGACAAAGCAACUGCUUUCCUGAUCUGCAACUUGGCUGGAUGCUAAGAUGUCCGUGGACAUGAAUAGCCAGGGGUCUGACAGCAAUGAAGAGGAUUAUGACCCAAAUUGUGAAGAGGAGGAAGAGGAAGAGGACGAAGACCCUGGGGACAUAGAGGACUAUUAUGUGGGAGUAGCCAGUGAUGUGGAGCAGCAGGGAGCCGAUGCCUUUGACCCGGAAGAGUACCAGUUCACCUGUUUGACCUAUAAGGAAUCUGAGGGUGCCCUCAAUGAACACAUGACCAGCUUAGCCUCUGUCCUAAAGGUAUCUCAUUCAGUUGCUAAACUUAUAUUAGUUAAUUUCCACUGGCAAGUCUCAGAGAUUUUGGACAGAUAUAAGUCCAAUUCUGCUCAGCUGCUUGUAGAAGCUCGAGUUCAGCCUCAUCCAUCAAAACAUGUUCCCCCUUCCCAUCCCCCUCACCAUUGUGCAGUGUGUAUGCAGUUUGUACGGAAGGAAAACCUGCUUUCUUUGGCCUGUCAACACCAGUUUUGCCGCAGCUGCUGGGAGCAGCACUGCUCAGUGCUUGUCAAGGAUGGCGUGGGCGUGGGAGUCUCUUGUAUGGCUCAGGACUGUCCCCUUCGUACACCAGAGGACUUUGUGUAUCCCUUGCUUCCCAAUGAAGACCUGAGAGACAAAUACAGGCGCUACCUCUUCAGGGACUAUGUGGAGAGUCAUUAUCAACUCCAGCUGUGCCCUGGUGCAGACUGCCCCAUGGUUAUUCGAGUGCAGGAACCUAAAGCUCGCCGAGUGCAGUGCAAUCGGUGCAACGAGGUCUUCUGUUUCAAGUGUCGUCAGAUGUAUCACGCCCCCACAGACUGCGCCACAAUCCGGAAAUGGCUCACGAAGUGUGCAGACGACUCUGAAACGGCCAACUACAUUAGUGCCCACACUAAAGACUGUCCCAAGUGCAACAUCUGCAUCGAGAAGAAUGGAGGCUGCAAUCACAUGCAAUGCUCCAAGUGUAAACACGACUUCUGCUGGAUGUGUCUGGGAGAUUGGAAGACGCAUGGCAGUGAAUACUAUGAGUGCAGUCGGUACAAGGAGAAUCCUGACAUUGUGAACCAGAGCCAACAGGCCCAGGCCAGGGAGGCCCUCAAGAAGUACUUGUUCUACUUUGAGAGGUGGGAAAACCACAACAAAAGCCUGCAGCUAGAAGCACAGACAUACCAGCGCAUCCAUGAAAAGAUUCAAGAGAGGGUUAUGAACAAUCUUGGGACUUGGAUCGACUGGCAAUAUCUACAAAAUGCUGCCAAGCUCUUGGCCAAGUGUCGAUACACCCUGCAAUACACCUAUCCAUAUGCCUACUACAUGGAGUCUGGACCCAGGAAGAAGCUGUUUGAAUACCAGCAGGCUCAGCUAGAGGCCGAGAUCGAAAACCUCUCCUGGAAAGUGGAACGUGCUGACAGCUAUGACCGAGGGGACUUGGAGAACCAGAUGCACAUAGCGGAGCAGCGGAGAAGAACCCUGCUCAAAGAUUUCCACGACACCUAAGUUGGGACGUGAACAUGCUGGGGUGAAGAUGUGGCUGCCAUGCUGCACGCUGCAGGCUCUGCCCUUCACAACCCCGGUGACAGCCAGGGCCCCACUCCUGAGAGACACUGGCAACACUUCUUAGUCAAUUUCUGUUUUCUUCUCAUCUUUUUGCUUUUUGUUUCUACCAGGGUAGAGGCCAUAUUGAGUUGGCCUCUUUUCAGGACUUUCACUUCCCCCUGGAUGGUUGUUGGGAGGGAGGGAGGAUUUUUUCUGAAUGGCUAUUAAUAGUAUUAGAUCAUUACAACUUACAUAAUUUUCAGAGUUGUACAAUUAUACAACAGCAACAACAAAAGACAAACCAUAGGAUAACACAAAGCCCUUUUAAAAAAUAAAUUGGCAUUGGAGUGUUUUACCCUCUAGCUAUUUUGCUUAGACUGUAAUGUAUGCUGCCCACCAAGCUGCCUCAAAAGGUUGCUACUGCACCUGGGUCCCAGGGUGCCCCUUGCUUGCCUGGUUCAAGGGUUUAUCCAUCAUUGGAAUCCCAGGGGAAGGUGGGGGUGGCAAAUGUUGGGGGCUGAGGAGGCCUGCUUAUGGUCACAGAAUCACACUGGGCCUUCCUGCCAUGGUAUAUCAUCACCUCUCGUGGCACUGCUGUCUAGGUUCCUGUUUGUGCUUGAAAGUGGAUGUGCCUGGACCUGGCUCCCAGGGACACAGCCCACGCAGAGCACAGAGCACUGUCUUCUCCACACACAAGGACACUGGUUCAGCACGGUGCUUCCUUUUCUCUCCUUAUAAAUCCACUUUCAGGGGAGCUCUCCAAAACACACUUACUUUACCCUGGACACUUCUUUUUUGCCAGAAUUCAAAUACCAUCACUUUGACCAGGCAUGUGCAGCUACAUCGGGCCCGUUGCUGCAGUCUCCCCUGGCCGGUAUCAGGAUCAGAGUUCAGUGUGCCCUCCCACAGCAUGGGCCUUCCUGGCCAGGCCUAAACAAGUUGUUUUUAUGUUUUCUGGACUCUGCCCAGAGUUGCUGGGGAAUAGGGUAUGUUCUUCUGUGCCCAUAUCUAGCUAGUGGAGGACACUGCCUCUGUGGUCUUGGAACCUCAGACCGGCAGGACCCCAGUUUGUAGCUCAGCCCAUGAGCAAGCAGCUGGCUGGAGGAAAGAACAGGCCUUAGCACAGUCCAUUACAAAGAGCCAGUGUUUUGCCUAUUGUCCUGCCUGUCCUGAACCUGGUCCUGUGGGCCUUUGGAAUGUUGGGUCUGUGAACUUGUUCAGUGCCACCAUUCAAACUGGCAGAGCUGUUGAGAUCUGUGAACACUGUGGUAGAAAUUCUGGAUGGUUCCUACAUCCUCACCUCCAGUAAGUUAUAAAACUUGAAUCAUUCUUGAAGAAAAAGGGCAGCUGUGACUGGAGGUCUUGGGCGUGUGGCUGGCCUUAAGUUCCCUCUCCACCCCUUCAAAUGUUGUCUCUUUGCUUCCUCUGAGGGAAGGAGGGACUGUGCAGUGGACAGGAACAAGGUAGCAUUGAGGUCAGGGAGCCCAGCAUGGAACAGAGGAAGUACACCAGAUACUGGGAGAGUCUGCUGGGCCCAGGGGCGGGGUGUAUGUGUGAAUGCUGUGCUGUGCUGGAGUAACCUGGGAUCUAGAGCCUUUCAGUGCACACUCCGUUUGCACAUGACACAGGUGCAGCCCUGUGCUUGGGUCCCACCCUGCCCACCUGGAGGACUGUGUGGCUGCCAUCUCUUGUACUUGCUUCGCCUGUGGUCCCUACCAACCUUCCCUGCCCAGACUGUGGCCUUCUGUGGGGCGCUUCCUGGAGUACCCCCAGGGGCUGUCUUUUGCUUGUGUUUCAGGAAGAUGAUGGGAAAAAUUGGGCAGAAGCAUUCUGCCCUCCAGAGGAUGGAAGAGAAAGAGAUGCAGUGUUUUCAUGAAUUCAUAUUUCUUUGUUUUUCUUCAAAGAGAAAGUUAUAUGAGGCAAUGUCAUCUGCUCAACAUUGAGUAGUUUAUUCAAAAUAAAUUGUAAGUUUCUGAUUA